ACCAGCUCUAAAUGAGAAGAUGAAUCUGGUCGGAUUUACACACCAUACACGACCGCAAGUCAGUUGUUGUUGCUUAGCUCCGAUUUAUUCCUGAUCGAGCAGACCUAUGAUGAAAGGUAUUCCGGCAGUGACCAUCCAAUCUUUUUAGGGAUAUUCACCUUUUGGUCUGUACAAGAUGACAUCAGUGGUAAAAAGACAUUUGUUCGUUGGCGAUUCGCCACUCACAAAUGAGUGAAAACACCAACUCAGCUCACAUACCCGCUUCACAUCGCUUAUCACCAUCUUGCUUAUCACCACCUUCAUCUUUGGAUAAUCCAGUCCACGCUACCUCUGACCCGCACUCAUCUUUAUGCAGCAUUGCUCACACAUCAUCCGAAACUGCACUCACUAUGGGCAAUCAACUUAGCGGAGAUGGAAGUUUGAAAAGGAAAAGCAAGAAGAAAAAUAAAAACAAAAACGACGAAAAAAGCAAAAGUGAAACCACUUCAGUACUAGAUGAAACUGUUGUCGGUGCGUUUGGUGGAUCAUCUGUCGAUGAUACCAGUUCCCCCAGUAAACGACCGGCCCAGAGCAAGUCUCCUCGGCCUGUAAGGUCGACUUAUGAUAAUGUUAAUCAACAUGGCUCCAAUUCGAACUUAUGCUCAAAUUCAGGUCUUUACACUAGUGACCUCUAUUUGGACACGGUUAGUCGGCUGGAUGUCAGCAUGACUACUAGUCAAAUGGAAACAACUCCGAGAAAUGAAAGAUCUUAUCGGUUUGAUACUCAGUUAGCUGAUGAUGUAUCGUUUAGUGAAAUAUCCUUUAAUGAAUCGGGUUUCAUUACACCAGCUUUGAGUACACCUCAAGUGAGACGUAACGAAUUACAACAAAUAAAAACCACGACAGACAGUGUCAGCGAAUUGGGGAAGGAAAUAGAAAGGACAAUUUUCGAAAGAUUAUCAGCUGACGGGAAGUCGGAUGGUAGCAAAAUAAAAUCCGCAGAAACUCCUCCUCUUCCUAGUAAGCAGGAUGCUGAAGAAAAUGUUGGUCAUGGUGUUGAUGAAAAAUCAAAACGACUGGAAUACAUGAAUGAAGGAAAGGCACAAACCGAAGAAAAAUGUGCUGUCAGUCAAACUGACAUGAAAGCACCCGAAGAUAACAGUACUGGUCUGUCGACUUGUCAAGAACUUACAGCCCCUACUCCCAGUGAAGAAGAGAUUUGGUCAAAUGACAACAGUAAAGACAAGGAGAAAUCUUCUGAAAUGAUCAACAAAGCCGACUGGGAAUUGAUGGAGAAAGAAAGUAAAAUAUCAGUUACCGACAAUACAACCACCGACACCGAAGAACUGACUGAAGUAUCCCAAAGAGAAGCUCCUGAAAAAGCAGAGCAUUCAAAAAUAGAGCCGAAUCAGAAUCAUUCAAGCUCUGAUGAAACUUUUCAGAACGAUUUCGAGCAGGUGAAAUCACACAUUAAUGAAGACGUUAAGGUCUCACUCAAAGAUAGCGAUUAUGAUGCGCCUGAAAGAGAGGGUGUUAAAUCAGAGCAAAAUGGGACUGUCGAUAAAAAUGUUUGCCCAGAGACUCCAGAACAAGAACAAAAGCUAAUACCACCUCCCGAUGUUGCUGCAAAUCAGAAAGUGGAGGAAAUUGUAAUGGAGGAACCAGUGCCAAAAAGCGCCGACGAUGAAAUUAAACAAGUUAAACAGUCAGUAAAUCAAUGUUUAAAUGAGAAAGAAGUCGAAACAAAGAUGAUUAUCGAUGAUAAAGCUCAAUUAACUGAAAACUAUGAUGAAAGUACUCUUUCAAAUAAAACCGAAAACGUAUGUGAAGCUGAGAAAUGUUCUUUGAAGAAUAUCCAAGAAACCGCUGCUGCUGUAAUCGCAACGAAACCUUCGAUCCCUGACGAAAUCUUGACCAUCUCCGAAGCUGUCCCAGUUGUAAAAAAUACAUCAGUUAAAGAACUGGAACCUGUUUGCGAAAAAAUUAUAGAGUCUUCAAGUGCUUCUUUUGCAGAGCGAUCAAAGAUUCUAGUUCAUCAUCCUGUUUUAAGUAAUGACCAAGAAAAGGAAACCGAACGAAUCAAGACCAGUUGCGAUGAGAGCUCGAAAAAGUAUAUUCAUGAACCAGACGUAGAAGCAAACAGUAUCAAAAGUGAAUCCGAUAAACAUUCUAAAGACCCGGCUACACAAGAAAUAGAAGAAAUUCCUCAGGGAGCUAUUUUGGAAACCGAAAGUAGUUUAGAAUGUUCUGUCACUCAAACAAGUGAUACAACUGAUGAUAAAAAAGAAACCUCAGAAAACGAACAAAAUAUUUCGAAAAUCAAAACAAAAAAAGGACGCAAAAGAAAAAGAAAGAAAAAAUCGAGUUUAGGAAACGAAAGUUCGGCAAAUGCUUCUGCGAGUGAGAGCCAAAGUGUUAGCGAAGUGACAGAAAUAGAGGAUAACUGUGAUCUAGCUAUCUCUAGAUCCAGAGACAGUGAUCUCACAAAAGAGGAUGAAGAGAACGGUAAUGAAAUAAAAUCUGUUGCUAGCACCCCUGAUAGUGACAGCCCCGUAUUUCUGCAUCAAUCCUCUGUCAUAGAAAAUACUAAUUAUUUAAAGGACGAAAGCUCAACAUCAGAUAAGUCAAACACUGUAUCUAGUAGUGAAAUUCAGAAAAAAGAACAAGCAAAUCAGAAGGACAUCGAUUCAAAACCACAUCCUUUUGUAGACGUAAGUUGUUCAGUUGGAGCGUUGCAUUCAACCACUGAUAUUGUGAGUGAUGAAUCUACUCCCACGAAUGAACGUCAGAAUGAAAUAAGAGCUUUCUAUAUUCCAAAUAAAGAACAGAAAAUUAAGUCAGAUUCUUCACAUGGAGAAGGAACCAAAGACGACAAUAAACGACUUAAUGACCAAGUAGAAAACGUUCAUACUACCAACGAAAGGACAGAAAAAGAAGAUCAACAACUGGAAGAUGAAAGUAAAAAUAUUAGUCAACUGAAUGUUCAGUGUGAAGAUGAAAAUGAAACACAUCAAUGUGAAGAUGAAAACGAAAACGUGUUCGAUAAAGAUGAAGAUGCAACUGUUGCUAUUCCACAUUGUCGAAAUGGGACCAAAAACAUUGUUGAAGAAACUGUUAACCCAAGACUAUCAACUGCCUCUGAAGAACUCAACGAAAUUAUGGAAAAUUCAAAUAAAGUUGAAAAGAGAAGUGAUCAAAAUCGGCCACAUAGUUACCCUAAAGAAGGUGAAGAUCUGCGGGACAGAAAUGAAAACCACUCAGCAACUUCUCAGGUAAGUUUAGAAUCAAAUAACUCCAGUAAAAAGAAUUACAAAUCUGGUCAUAAGUCUCUGACUGAUAUCGACCACAACUUACCGGAAACAUUACCUGAACUUGCUGAUCUAAAGAACUUUCUCGAUUACAUAAAACUAGGGGAAGAUCAAAAAUUAUCAGAAUCACCUUUUCCUUAUAAGUGUGAAACUAAUCGCUCAUCUCCAUCUGAAAACGCGAGUAGUCGGCGUCUUUCACGUAUUUCGCCGGCAGUGACCGAUAGAUCCGUGACCGAAUCCGAUAUUGAUAUUUCAGAACAACGCGAUGAUAUCAGUACAGACAGCAACAUCUUCGCCGAUGAUGAAGAUGAAUCAGCCUCUGAAUUACUUUUCACUAAAACUUACACAGAACCAGACAAAGGGGGAGAAGUGCUGGUCAGUUGUACAGUCGUUAAUACAGCUGCUGAUGAUGACAGUGAUGACUUUUGGGCAGAGCAUUCGGCGAGUGAAGAAGUUUACAGACAAAUACAAAGCUCUACCAAGGUCGUAACUACAGUUUUUGACAAUGCUCGCCUACAAAUGCAGGACAUUCAUACACAUCUACAAAAUCUCCGUUUACAAAUGGAGAACCUUCAAGAAUCAUUGGACAAUGCCUCUAUUUUUAGCCAUGAGUACUACCCUGCCGACGAUACUCCCGAGUCGUCCCAAGAUUUCUAUCCUUUAGACAAAGGAUUCAUUGUUUCACAAGAAUAUUUCCCGAAGCACAUUGCAUCGGUGACAACCGAAGAAUAUUCUCCUGUGGAGAUUGGACCCGUAUUAACUGAAGAAUAUUAUUCAUCACAUUUUGGUAAACCACCAUUUUUGUAAUAUAUAUGUAUGUAUACACAUAUAUGUAAUAUAUAUAUAUGUAUGUAUACACAUAUACAUACAUGCAAACAUGCAUACACGCAUCGUUUUGAAAGAGGUAUCGAAGCUUUCAUGCACAUAAUAAGCGGUAUCAAAAUAAAGAUGACACAAAAAUAGUCUCAAGUGAUGUAGACAAUAUUUAAAUGAUCA